CCUUCACCGGCAUGCUUAUAUUUUCAUUAUUACUACUUACCAAGUCAUGCCUUCUUCACUGUUUCUAUGCACCUUCUUCAUCCUCGCUGUCACCAUCCUUCCCUCACCCACAGGUGCCCUUAUCCUAACAUUAGUUAACAACUGCAACUACACCGUUUGGCCAGCCAUUCAACCUAACGCCGGCCAUCCAGUCCUCGCCGGCGGCGGCUUUACUCUCCACACCCUCACCCACCUGUCCAUCCCCGUCCCCGAUGUCCACUGGUCAGGCCGGGUCUGGGCCCGUACUGGCUGCACCCACUCCGGCACCGCCUUCUCCUGCGCCAGCGGUGACUGCGGCGGCCGUCUCCAGUGCAACGGUGCCGGUGGUGCUCCUCCCGCCUCCCUGGCGCAAGUGGAGGCCCACCACGGAAACGGCGAUUCCAUCUCCUACGGCGUGAGCCUCGUCGACGGGUUCAACGUCCCCAUGACUGUGACCCCACACGAGGGCAAAGGCGUGUGCCCGGUGGUUGGUUGCCGCGCCGACUUGCUAGCCACGUGUCCCCCCGUGCUGCAGCACCGUGUCCCCGCCGUUCAUGGACCCGUCGUGGCGUGCAAGAGCGGGUGCGAGGCUUUCCAUACCGACGAGCUCUGCUGUAGGAACCACUUCAACAGCCCCCACACGUGCCGUGAGUCCGUGUACUCCACCUUCUUCAAGCACGCGUGCCCCAACACUUUCACCUACGCCCACGACAACCCCUCUCUCAUGCACCAGUGUUCCUCCCCGCACGAGAUCAAGGUUAUCUUUUGCCACUGAAAGAGACUAAACCGUUGUCUGGGUCAUUGUUUGGUGACUCAACCCUUGUCUCCUCAAUAACAUUCAAGAGCAGAAGAAAAGUUGGCGAAAAGAAAUAAGAAAAAAAAAACAUGCUUGUAUUUUCUUCAGUAGUUGUGUUUUCUUAUUCAUCUUCUUAGAAUGUUGUAAUUUAUGUUGUGUGGUCAAGAAUAUAACUUAAGCUUUGUUUCA